AUGGCUACUGCAUCUGCAAGAGCUCGGGCUGAUUAUGAUUACCUUAUUAAGCUUCUUUUGAUUGGUGAUAGUGCAGCUUACUAUCGUGGAGCCAUGGGGAUUUUGCUGGUAUAUGAUGUUACUGAGGAGUCAUCUUUCCGAUGUAAUCAAUCCAGCUUCUUUACAUUUACAGACAUUCGAAACUGGAUCCAAAAUAUCGAACAACAUGCUUCAGAUAAUGUCAACAAGGUAUUGGUUGGCAACAAAGCUGACAUGGACGAGAGCAAAAGGGCUGUGCCGACUUCAAAGGGACAACCUCUUGCUGAUGAGUAUGGUAUUAAGUUCUUUGAAACUUGUAAAGACAAAUUUGAAUGUGGAGAGGUUUUCUUUUCGAUAGUCUGUGACAUUAAGCAAAGACUGGCAGAUUCAGAUAACAAGGCUGAGCCGACGACACUUAAAAUUAACCAGCAGGACGCUGCAGCAAGUGGUGGUCAAGCUGCUCAAAAGUCUGGUUGCUGUGGAUCUUAG